GAGAACUUGGGCUCAGUGAAGAGACGUGCCGGAGCAUGAGUUCCAAGUCAAAAUCCAUAGGGAUCAUUGGAGCUCCUUUCUCAAAGGGACAGCCACGAGGAGGGGUGGAAGAAGGCCCUACUGUAUUGAGAAAGGCUCGUCUCCUCGAGAAACUUAAAGAACAAGGGUGUGAUGUGAAAGAUUAUGGGGACCUGACCUUUGCUGAUGUCCCUAAUGACAUUCCCUUUCAAACUGUGAAGAACCCAAGGUCGGUGGGACAAGCUAACGAGCAGCUGGCUAGUGUGGUGGCAGAAGUCAAGAAGAAUGGGCGAACCAGCUUGGUACUCGGCGGAGAUCACAGUUUAGCGAUUGGAAGCAUCUCUGGCCAUGCCAAGGUCCACCCUGACCUCUGUGUCAUUUGGGUGGAUGCUCACUCCGAUAUUAACACUCCAGUGACAACCCCAAGUGGGAACAUGCAUGGACAACCUGUGUCUUUUCUCCUGAAGGAAUUGAAGGGAAAGAUCCCUGAUGUACCAGGAUUCUCCUGGGUGACUCCCUGCAUAUCUGCUAAAGACAUUGUAUAUAUUGGCUUGAGAGAUGUGGACCCUGGUGAACACUACAUUAUGAAAACCUUGGGUAUUAAAUACUUUUCAAUGACUGAAGUGGAUAAACUGGGAAUUGGCAAGGUGAUGGAAGAAACACUCAGCUAUCUACUAGGAAGAAAGAAAAGGCCAAUUCAUCUCAGUUUUGAUGUUGAUGGACUAGACCCAUCUUUGACACCAGCUACUGGCACACCAGUCACAGGAGGUCUGUCUUACAGAGAAGGUCUCUACAUUACAGAAGAAAUUUGCAAAACAGGGCUACUCUCAGGAUUAGACAUAAUGGAAGUGAAUCCAUCUCUGGGGAAGACACCAGAAGAAGCGACUCGAACAGUGAACACAGCAGUAGCAAUAACCUUGGCUUGUUUUGGAGUUGCUCGGGAGGGCAAUCAUAAAGAUAUUAACUACCUUAGCCCACCUAAGUAAAUCUGGAAACAUCAUAUAAAAAUCUUAUAGCUAAUGACAUGAUUAGUCAAUGUAAUAAUUAAGCCUACAGUUAUCCUCCCAAAGACUGUUCUUUUCAGAAAAAUGCUUUGUCUUAGGAAAUAUUAUACAAUUAGUAUAAACUGUAUAAACUGACUUGCCACUUGGUGUGAAAUUCAAGAUUUGGAAAUUCUAACUUUAGUAAAAUUAAGAAGUUUAUAGUCCCCAUUCUGGCAAAAGAUUUAUUUUUGGAAAUAAAAGUAUACAUUGAUUUCUCAUUGAGAAUUUGCUGACACUUAUAUAUACACACAUGCAUAUGUACAUCCUACUUAAACUACUACAAAGAUUUAAAAAGCUGCAGUGAAAUUAUUCCCAAAGCACUGCAAGAUCUUGAAGAGUGUGGGCUGUGAAGCUCUGCUCGAGUGUGGAACUGCUUCCCGGUCCGUGCUGCCAUGCUGGUGGGAUCCUGGGGCUUUUGUUUGUUUGUUUUGAAUUGUUUGUUUUCUU